AACGAACCGCAUCCCGACGGGAUCUAGCAAACAAUAAGGAAAUAAACCGAACCUGCAGCAAACCUUAUUUUACUUCGCUCGUACUGUAAUCACGAGUUAUAAUAAGAUAAAUAGUGAAAAGUCUUUUUCUCUUUCCUUUCUUUCUUUACGCGGAUGAUUCCUCCCCUGCAUCAAGACAUCAGCAGUCAUGGUUAUGACAGGAGUCCUCGCGGUCGGUAUAUAAACCUUCUUGCUCUCGGCAGCCUUUUGCUCUUUGUUACGACGACCUUUUUAUUCUGUUUCGACCAAGACGGCUUCCAGUGUUUUUGCUCGCCUUUUUCGUCUGAUCAGCCUCCAGCAAACCCACCACCGCCGAACAAAGACAUCGACAUGCCCAACAACUGUCCUAAUAAUUUUGCAGACUACGCCGAAACGUUUCAUGACCCGGGUAGCGGUGGUCCAUUGAAUCUACCCUUCCAGCGACCUGUAGAAGCAUGUCGAAGAUUUACCAGCAGCGUCGUCAACACAGCCGUUGAAAGUCUAGCAUCCAAAAUUGCGGAUCUCGAUCUGGCACGACUGUUCACUAAUACCUAUCCCAACACCCUCGAUACCACAAUCGAAUCCACUCAAUGUAUCAAUACAACCGAUUGCAAUCCAUUAUCAUUUGUCAUUACCGGCGAUAUCCAUGCCAUGUGGCUCCGAGACUCUGCCAACCAAUUACUUCCCUAUCUCGACUAUGUAAACAAAGACCUAAGUCUAAAGCGACUGUUCCUGGGCCUUAUCCAUAUGCAAGCAAGCUUGAUAAAAGUGGAUCCGUACGCCAAUGCUUUUAAUGCGCCCAAAUCCAUGGCAACAACUGGGACCGAAUACGGGCAUGUUGAUAGAGCUUUCAGCAAUGAAGCAGUUUUUGAACGCAAAUGGGAAGUUGAUUCAUUGGCGUCUUUCCUCGGCUUUUCGUAUCAAUAUUGGAAUGUCACGGGUGACUCGUCAUUUGUCCAAACUACUGAUUGGAUGGAUGCUGUAGAGACCAUUAUUAAAACCAUCCAUGAGCAACAAGAACCAACUUUCAAUGAAGAGACAGGCUAUCCGAUGGACAGUUACUACAAAUUCAAGCAGAAUACGGAAAGGCCUACAGAGACUCAAUUUCUGUCUGGCAUUGGUCAACCCGUAAAACGCACAGGUCUCGUCAAAAGCUUGUUUAGACCCUCGGACGAUGCUACGGUAUAUCCGUUCUUCAUUCCUGGUAACGCCAUGAUCUCGGUAGAGUUGGCGCAUGUGGCACAGCUUGUGCAACAGAAUAACGCAGCCAACAACGAUCGCUUAGCCCAGAUGGCUACAGAGAUGACGAGAUUAUCAAAAGAAAUCCGCGAUGCUAUUUACACGUAUGCCGUUACCGAUAUCCCCGGUUACGACAAAGUAUUUGCAUACGAAGUAGAUGGAUACGGCUCGAAGUUGAUAAUGGAUGAUGCGAACGUGCCUUCACUGUUAUCGCUCAGUAUGCUAGGCUUUGUCAGUGCUGAUGAUCCUGUGUAUCAAAGCACGCGUAAAUUGGUGUUAUCCAGGGAUAAUCCUUACUACUUUUCUGGCCCGCGCGCAGGUGGUCUGAGCGGCAUUGGCGGUCCUCACGUUGGGUUGAACUAUGCCUGGCCGAUGUCCCAAAUCGUUAGGAUAUUGACAUCAACCAAUGAUACUGAGAUUGUGGAGGCUCUUGGUAUCAUUCUCAGAUCCACGGAUGGCACCGGUCUGAUACACGAAUCAGUCAAUGUUCAUGAUGAUGGCAAGAACAAGUAUACACGUCCGUGGUUUGCAUGGGUCAACGGAUUGUUUGGCCAGGCUAUUCUGAAAUUGGCAAAAGAACGACCCCAUCUCUUGUUUGACAGACGCUAUAAUUAACUCAUUUAAGGUUUAAUUGUAUACGCCCCGGAGUCGUUUUUAUAAACCAAGGCACUAAAUAAUAAAUUACUACUACAUACUAGCCGCGAAAGUAUCACAUAAAGCAAGAGGGAAACGGAUGAUGAAUGGAUG